UAUGAAUAAUAGACGCCCAACGAACGCCAAAGUUAAUAGAAGGUCACGAUCGCACGAGGAAAAUAAUUCUGAGCACAAUUCGAGCACUAGUACUAGAAAUAAGGAUACGAUAAGAGGGCGUUCAGUUGAUACUCUUUCAACGGCUAUCGAUGAAAUUCGAUGCUGCUCAAACAUUUUCCCAUUCAAUCGAUUAAUUGUCAGGAAACGGAAGAGGAAGAGCGAUAAGAAGAGAAGGAGGAAGAGAGUGAAAGGAAAGGGUGCUUCUAGUUCGAAAACAAAGAAUUUGAGGGAUGUUAGUACGUCAUUCGAUAAGAUAAAGACUACUGUAUUACAUUAUCAGGAUAAAGUGGAAAAAUUGAACUCUGAACUUGAACUUCGUAAAGAGAUUGAGAAAUUAAACAAUUCAAAGAUAAAUAAUGACGUAUUUAAAUUGACAGAGGAAAAUGUUCAAUUAAGGCAGAUGUUAAAAGAUGUAAUCUUUCAAAUGAAAGAAGAUGGAAAUUGCAAUUAUUCUUUAGACGCUUCUCCUCUGAGAAUAUCUAAUAAACAAUCUUCCGAUAUCAUUACUCCAAUAAUAGAUUAUAAUCCAGUCUUAGGGUCAUCUGAAGAUAAUAAUCAAAAAGAUGAAUUAAUCAGGAAGAAUGAAAUUGAAGGGAAAGGCGAGAACUUUAAAAUCUUGCCUGAGAAUGAAAUGAACAGCGAUUCACAUAUCAUUAGGAAAUGCGAGAUAGAUGAACAUGAAAGUCAACUGCAUUUGCAGGAGAAAACUAUUGAUGUUUUGAGGCAAAGAAACGAAGAAUUAUGCCAAAAGUGUCUUUUGCUUCAGAAUGAAAAAUAUACAUUAAAAAAUCAAAUUGACUGUUUUGAAAUUAUGAGAAAUUCAGAGUUAUCCGAAGGAUUAAAGGCUACUAUUGGUAUGGAGAAAAUGUACGAUAAGAUUAAAAAAGACAAACAAAGGCUUAUCGAUGAAAUCUCCCAAUUAAAUGAUCAUAUUAAUAGUUUAGAGGAAAAGUUAACAAAUUCCGAAUUAAAGUAUCAAAGAGUCAAUGGAGAAUUGAAAAUAUGCGAAAAUAACGUACGAAAAUAUCAAGAAUCAAAUGCAUCUUAUGAGUUAAUAGCUCAAAAGGAAAAGUGUAAAAACGUUGAAUUGCUAUCCGAAAAUGAACAAUUAAAAUGCGAAAUUAGCAAUUUUCAAGAGAAUAAUGAAAAUAUUAAUAAACAAUGGGAAAUGAAGGAAAAUUCAUUAAGAAAGCAGUUAAAAGAUUUAAAUGAAAGCUAUGAAAAGAGAAUUUUAUCAUUAAAUGAUGAAAAUGAAUAUUUUAGGGACAGACUUGAUAAAACAGUUAAAGAAGGAAACAAGUUAAGGGAUGAAUUAUCAAAUGUUACAAAAGAUAAACUUGAUCUCGUUGAUCAAGUAUUCUAUUUGAAAAAUUAUCUUGAUAAUAGAAAAUUUAGAGAGUUUAACAAAGAAAUGAUAGAAAUUGAUAAAAUUAAAGUGUCGACGGAAAAGCAGAAGAAGAAGAAGGAGAGAAGAAGACAUUCUAUCAAUUGUAUUUUAUCGUACGAAAGGGAUAUGGAGAAUGAUAAUGUCGAUAAAUCACUUUCAAAGAUACAGUCGCAAUUGUUAAAAAGCUUAGAAAGUAGUAAAGAAGAAAUGAAUAAGCUAACGAAUUGCACUCAUAUCAAAGACCAAUUACAAAGUUUAUCAGAAAGUGAUUGUUAUUGUGAAGAUUUUGAUGUCUUAAGAUUAAAGAUUAAGAGACAAAAUGAAGCUAUCGUAAAAUUAACUACUCUACUUGAAGAGAGGGAUAAACUACUUGAAGAAGUUCAGUAUCAUCAAGACCUUACUGAAAAGGAACUCCGUGAGAAGGAGGAUACCAUUCGAAAGAUGACAGAUGAAAAUGUUACAAUUGUCAACAACAAUCGUUUAAAUUUAAAUAAAUUAUCUAUGGAGACCAACGAAGAGUCUUGUUGUAGAUCUAGUAGAAUUGAUGAGAGCUUACAGGCAACAACCACAAUAAGAGAUUUAACAAAUAGAAACGAACAAGUAGUAUUCCAAUUAUCCGAUUAUGAAGAUGACAAAAGAUUAUCUUCUAUCAAAGAUUCUCAUAACUUAGAGAAGGGUUCUAUAAUUGAAGUUAUAAAAGAGUUUGUAGAUAAGAGAAUAUCGGAAACGUUUGAUUAUUUUCAUAGGAUUAUUAACGAUAAUGAAUUUAACGUUAAUUUACAAACAAUAAAGUGUAAAACAGUUGCCGAUGGAAAGGAAGAGAUUGAAACUUGGUUUAAAAGAGUUGGGAGUGAUUUUAAACAAUUGAAGAAUGUCGCUAAUAAAUUAAAGGAAGCAUUACAAACAUCUUCAAGCAGAGAAGAAAAGUUAAAUGGAAACGUUGUUGACUUAAGGACUAAACUAAAUUUUCAAACAAAUCAGAUAAAUGAAUACGAAAAAUUGAUUAGGAAAAAGGAACAAUCUAUAUCAAAUUUAUCUCAAGCUGUACAGGAUUGUCAACAAUCCCUUAACGAACAGAUAAACGAUAAUCCAAGUAAAAUGGAAGAUAAAACACAUAAGGAAGUUAGCGUUCUAAAGGAAACAUUAGCCGAAAAAGUAGAUAUAAUUAAAGGUCUCGAAGAGAGGAUAAAUACUAUGAAAGAAGAUAUGACUAAUAUUUUUAAUGAUAAGGAAGAGAAUAGGCGUAAAAUUGUCAAACAAGAUAUGAAAAUAUCAAAAUUAACACAAAUGAAUAAUUCGUUAAAAGAGAAUCUAAAAGUUUUAUUUAAACAAUAUAAAAUUGAUGGCAAAGAAGAUAUUUGUAAGAAUGAAGUUGAACAAUUAAGGAUGGACUGUGAUGAUAAAUGCAAAGAAAUUGAACAGUUAAAGAUUACUAUUGCUGAAAACCGAAUAAAUGAAUUAAAAAACUUAUCCUUAUCUUCUAAAGAUGAUAAUGAAGAUUACAAAAAGGAAAUAAAUAAUCUUCAAGAUGAACUUAAGGCCCUUAAACAGGAAAACGAAUUUUUGGACACCGUUGCUAGAAAUCUUAGAGAUAGGCUAGAUAGUGCUCAAAAUAGUCUUCUGACAAACAAUCCAAUGAAUGUAAACAAAUUACUUGAUCAAGUUACGGAAAGUCGUUUGAAAAUUGCUAAUUUAGAAGCGAAGUCAUUGGCGGAUAAAAAUUCUAUAGAACAAUAUAAAAAACUUAUUAAUAGACUUCAGAUGGAGCUACUGAAUGGUAAAACAAGAAGAAAUGAAAGAAAUAUUGAGGAGUCUCCUGAGACCGAUGUAAAUGAACGGUUAGUUCUUGAAAGGCUGGAAGAUAAAUUAAAGAUGUGCAGGGAAGAGAAAGAAAAUUUCCAUUUAAAAUAUAAAUCAAUAAAAUUAAAAUACGAAGAAAAUUUAAAAAUCCUUCAAUUAAAAUUGAAAGAGACCGAAAAGAGAUUAGCUUUAAUCCUACAUUCUAGCGAAAGGUUAAAGAAGAAGGACGAAUGUUCAAGAAUGAGAUUAGAGAAGAGAAAGAAACAAGUUGAAUUUUUAAAAAUGAAAUAUUGCGAAAUGAAACAGAAUGUUACAAUAUUAGAAAAAGAAAUGGAGUGUUUACGAUACGAUAAUACGAAAUUAAAAAUAGAAAUAGCAGAGAUGAAAGGUCAGAUUCCAUUGGAAGAAAUUCACCCUCGAAAAUCAAAUAUUAAUCUAGAUAAUGUAGCUUUUCUAAUUUAUUCUCAUUAG